AGGCGAUUUUACCGUAGAAAAUGUCACCGUGAUGUGAACGACCAACCUCCUGUAUUUAAUCAGGCACAAUAUUCAAUCGGAAUUCCGGAAAAUCUCGAUAUUGGGGAAGCAUUGCCUGGUCUUGAUAUGACCGUUUCGGAUUCGGACACUGGCGUACAUAGUCAAUUUGGGUUAGAGUUGAUCCCAUUGCGAAAUGCCGACAAUAUCUUUGAGGUUCACCCGAUGUCUGCCACAGGCCGGACACCUGUUCUUAUCAAAGUUACCGGAGCUGAUAAGCUCGACUAUGAGAACCCUGACCGGCGGGAAAUGGUUGUACAAGUCAUAGCUAGAGGUGGAGGCAGACGUCUCUCAUCUACUGCCACACUGACCAUCCUGUUAGUCGAUGUUAACGACAACAUCCCGAUCUUCGAUGAGUCUUCCUAUAGUUUCAAUGUGGUUGAGAAUUCCGCACCUGGCUCGUUAAUUUCAAGGCUGAGUGCUACGGAUGCCGACAGCGGUGUGUUCGGACAAUUACGCUACGAGUUACGUGGCUUUGGAGCUGAGCGCUUUUCUGUUAACUCGUCUACCGGUGACCUAAAAGUUGGAGUAUGCGGACUUUCGACUUGUUUAGAUUAUGAGGAUCAGGACAUUUUUACUUUGACCUAUACUGUCAUUGACGGAGGGGGGAAAGCAACAUCAGUGCCGCUUACCAUUAAAAUUGAUGACGUUAACGACAAUCCGUCCGUUUUCGAGCAAAAUCAAUGCAGGCGACUCAUCCAAAAUAGAGCUCUUGACUUCGAUCCACAAUUAGUGGUUAAGGCUACAGAUAAGGAUAGUAUUCGGAAAGGUCAUUCACCGCCAAUUCAAGAUGGCAGGAUUUCCUACUCCAUUGUGGCAGGCAACACUGCAGACAACUUAUUCAAUAUUGGGCGCGACAGUGGCAUUCUUGAUGUUACUCGUCCUAUCAAUGCCACUGAAUUGGGCGAGGUUAGAUUUGUGCUCAUAGUGCGAGCGACCGAUUCCGGCACACCACCCCAGCAUGCUGAUACCGUGGUGACAAUUACGGUGGGGGCUGUCGAUGGAAACGAUCCCCCCAUUUUCCAACAGAACCAGUAUCACGUCAACGUUGUCGAGCGGGCAACGCCAGAUUCAUUUGUUAUUCAGCUAAAUGCUACUGAUCCGGAUGGACCUUCAGAUAAUUUGCGCUAUCGCGUCGUCGGAGGCACAGCCGUCGAUUGGUUCACCAUUGAUGAAGUGUCAGGAAUCGUUCGGGUUGCAAGAGGUGGCGCUCUCCAAUGGGAUCAAGAAGCUCCUCUUCUUACUCUGGCAGUAGCUGCAGUUGACCAGGGCCAGCCACUUGCUCAAUCAGCUACCGCAACAAUCACCAUACAGGUGGAAGACAUCAACCAUAAAUCACCAAAUUUUGAUAAACAACUUUUUAUCCAUCACGUAGCCGAGGUUACACCUGUUGGAACUCGGGUUCUGGCUUUAGGUGCCAGUGAUCCCGACACUAGCUCACAAUUAAGAUUUCGAUUAACUGAGCCAUUUCAGAUAAGAAAUAAAGAAGGCUAUUUGCGCGACGAAGUUGAAAGCGAGUACUUCUCAAUUUCCGAAUCAACCGGUAUCUUAACCCUUACGAAGCCGCUCGACCACGAGAAUGCUGCUGUUGUUAUGUUCCGAGCGGAAGUUACAGGCAUGAAUGCUAAUGCAGAAUAUCCCAAUCAAACGGAUUUCGCUGAGGUUGCAAUUUAUGUUCAAGCGCAUACUGAUAACGGAUAUUCUCACCGCCGUGGUCUCCAGCUCACCCGAUUAUCAGAGCGGAAGUGGUUGAAGAACAAGAUCCGGGCAUUAUCUUUCUCACUCUUCAAGAAGAAGCACAUGAUCCUGUCACUGGUCUUCUUAUAUCUCAUUUUGAGCUUGUGGGCACGAUGGAAAUGGUUCUCGCAUAGAGAGAAAAAAAACUAUUCUUCGAUCCAUGAAGUGCCUUUCAAAAUUCAAAUUAUACAUCUCGGUAGCUUCAGUACGUCACUUAUAUAUAGAUUCCCAAUCUUCUUCUUUCCGGAAACAAUGCGGAAGUGGACAAAAAAUAUUAUUUUUAGUCACGGCAUCUUUAAAGUUUAAACAUUAACAAAACAUCAUUAUU